UCUUUAUUCCCAAUUAAAUCAGAAUUUAAAAGUAGAAUUCUAUAGCUAUUGGAGUAUUCUUCUCAAAUAUUAUAAAAUCUCUUUUUGUUGGAGAUAUGAGGAAAAAAGUAGUCUAGUUCUACAUACAAACUCUCCCUCCUUUAUUUAGCAAUCUCUCCAUAUUUUCCUUCUCUUCUUUUUAGUUAUUUCCUCUUUUUUUAAAUUCAGCGCCGCGAGCUUUAGAGCUCUGCAAAUAAUAAAAGCACCCGCUCACUUCUUUUAUAAAACGAAGAAAAGCUAAAAAAGAAAGAGAGUAAACAUAGCCAGACGAUCAUAGCAAAAAUGUGUGGGUAGAGAGACGGAGGAGGAAAAGCGGAGUUUAUGGCUAAAUGUGUGAUGUUGACCGUUGUUUUUAAUAUAACAUUUUUGGCUUAAAAAAGGAUAUAAAGAAUAAUUUAAAGGGAAAAAUGUUUUUAUUUAAGAGAGCUUCUCAACUAUUUCCGAUACCCUGUAUUUUGUUGAUAUACACAGAAGGAAUAAAAGCGAAGUUUGUGUGUAUUCGUUAUACAGUAAGAUGCGAAAGUUGGAGAAUUCUGAUAUAUUCUGAUAUACUCGAAUUUACUACUAAAUAUUCCAGUUUUUACGUUGGAGCUUAAUAAAAUAAUUUUAAAAAUUAUAGGGAAGAGUAGUUCUCCUCUCGGCUCAAAUGUUUGGGAUAAAGUUUUAAUAUAAAACUUUAUGUGAGGAAAAUAAAAAGAGGAGAGAGAAUGAUUAGAAAAUUG